AAGUAGAUAAAGUAGAGCUCCAGAAGGAGAGCUGGCGACCGCACGCUUAAGCCCACCCCUGUCGCCGCCCAGGCUGUGUGUCCACCCCGUGUGAUAACUCCACUCCGCUCACUUACAGCAGUCGCUGGUGAACUUUAUGGCGGUGCUCGUGAACACAGCUAACUGAAACAUGGCUGAAAACGCUCUCAUUCCGUACAGUUCAAACAACCACCGGAAACGAUAUCGCUGUUUAUUCCCCGACGAAGUCAAAAGAGAAGUUAGGGAGUUAUCAGCGCUAGCCUUGCCUGUGCUUUUGUCAUAUAUUAUGGUCUAUUUAAUAAGUUUUGUCAGUACUGUGUUCUGUGGACAUCUGGGGAGUACAGAGCUUGACGGAGUGGCUCUAGCCAUAGCUAUUAUCAAUGUGUCGAGUGUUGCAGUCGGCUACGGUUUGGCAUCAGCCUGUGACACAUUAAUAUCUCAAACUUUUGGGAGUGGUAACCUCCAGCGAGUUGGUGUUAUUGUGCAGAGAGGAGUUAUCAUCUUGCUGUUAGCAUGUUUCCCAUGCUGGGCCAUUUUAAUCAACACAGAGUCCAUACUACUGAUGGUGAAACAAAACCCAGAAGUGGCCAGGCUCUCUCAGAUGUAUGUGAAGAUUUUUAUGCCAGCUAUUCCGGCAUUAUUUGUAUUCAUCAUUGAGUCAACAUAUCUACAAAAUCAGGGAAUGAUUUGGCCCUUGGUCAUCACUGGAGCUAUAGCAAAUGUGCUCAAUGCCUUGAGCAACUAUGUUUUCCUGUUCAUUUUGGACCUUGGUAUCACCGGAUCAGCUGCAGCCAAUACUGUCUCACAGUAUUUGAUGGCUAUUGUACUCUUUGUCUACAUCCGUUGUAGAGGUCUACAUAAGGACACUUGGCAUGGUUGGUCUGUGGAGUGUCUACAAGAGUGGGAUACCUUUUUCCAUCUAGCUAUUCCAGGGAUGUUGAUGCUGUGUGCAGAAUGGUGGACCUAUGAGCUGGGUGCAUUUUUGGCAGGUUUGAUAAGUCCGGUAGAGCUGGGAGCUCAGUCAAUUAUCUAUGAACUGGCAAAUGUUGCAUAUAUGGUUCCUAUAGGCUUCAGUGUGGCUGGCAGUGUCAGAGUGGGAAAUGCCAUGGGGGCUGGGGACACUGCACAAGCCAAGCUAUCUGCCAAGCUCGCCAUGGCCUGUGCAGUCUCUGUUGCAGUGUGCUUGGCAGUCAUCGUUGGCAUUACCAAAGAUGUCAUUUCUUACAUCUUCUCAAAUGAUGAACAGAUUAGAGCGAGGGUUGCCACUGUAAUGGUGCUCUAUGCUCCUUUCCAUCUGCUUGAUGCCACAGCGGCAUCUGCUGGGAGUAUUGUUAGAGGCUUAGGGAAGCAGAAGCUCGGGGCAGUCGGGAACGUGUUUGGAUACUAUGCUGUAGGCUUCCCCAUUGGAGUGUCUCUGAUGUUUGCUGCAAAAAUGGGAAUUUUUGGUCUUUGGACUGGUCUUUUAAUUUGUGUGUUCUUUCAGUCAGUCUUCUUUAUAAUUCUGCUUGUAAGGCUGGACUGGGCAAAAGCCACUGAGGAGGCCCAGAUCAGAGCUGGAGUGAAGACGAAUUUAAAAGAGAAUGACAUGGUACAUCAGAAUGAAGAUGUGGAGAGCGAUGAAGAAGGCACACACACAGACAUGGAUUUGCUGGUACAGAAGCCAUCCGUCUGUACGGUGGGGAAGCCACUAUCGUUAGCGGCCUUGGUGCUCCGCCGGGGGCUGACUUUAGCAGCCAUGCUUAUUAUGCUGGCAGGAGGGCUCAUCGUAAAUGUGAUUCUGAACAGGUAGAGACGCAGCAGAAGGACACUAAUGCUGAUGA